UUGUGGUUAGAGUAUAGGAUAGAAUCGUGCCCCCCUUGUCCUUUCGAUCUAAAAGGCGUUUUCUUUUUUCAUAGAAAAUCAUUGAGGAAUAAUUAAAACGAGGGAAAAUUCCUUAAUUCUUUACAUUCAUAGAAGCCCUAGUACAUCAUGUCCGUUGCAUUAAUAACGGCGGGAAGCGCCGGACUUGGGGCGGCAGCCAGUCGGCUCUUCGCCAAGAACGGCUUCCGGGUCAUCGUAAAUUAUGCCAACAACGAGGAACGAGCAAACAAACUCCUUGCCGAACUUCCAGCUUUGUCUACCUUACCUCAAGACAGCACAGGAGAAAACUUUGCUGUCAUCAAAGCCGAUCUAGGUAGCCGAGAUGAUAUAAACCGCCUCGUCAAAGAGACUGUAGAGAGGUUCGGUCGACUAGAUGUUAUCUUCUCAAACGGUGGAUGGACUCGCUUCCGUGGUUGGGCUAGCAUCGAUGACAAUGCGCAUGAAGAGGACUGGGAUCGUACCUUCAACCUUAACGUCAAAUCUCAUAUGUGGCUCAUGCAGGCUGCUAAGAAACACCUCGACGAGACUGAGGGCGCCUUUAUCACCACCGCUUCGAUUGCCGGCGUGAUACCUAGCGGAAGCUCUCUAGCCUAUUCUGUGACCAAAGCCGCGCAAAUACAUCUAGUAAAAGCGCUGGCGGUUAUGGCUGCUCCUAAAAUUAGGGUUAAUAGCGUGUCCCCCGGAUUGUUACUCACUGACUGGGCAGAGAAUUUCUCCGACGAGGUGAAAAAGAACCACAUAGAGAAGACGAAGCUUAAACGCACCGCCACUGUCGAAGAUGUUGCCGAGCAGGUUCUUCUUUUCGCAAAGAGUAGGAGUAUCACGGGAGUCAACGUCGUGGUGGAUGCCGGUUACACUUUGUGACCCCGUCAUAAGACUGGUAUAGGCCUCUCCUAUGUUACGUGUGUAUGUUAGUUAAGAACAGGGACCAGUGCAGGGCGGCUACUUGAUUGGUUUAUAGACAUUGCAUAUUGUGGGUAGGAGAGUGAUGAUGAAUGCUGCCUACCAGUAGUUAGUACAAGGUAAUAGAAAAGCGGUGGUGAAAUGGAAUUUCAAGACUUUGAAGAUAUUAUAUGGACCUAUUAUAAAGAUCAUGGGACUUAUUAGAUGGAAGUUAUACACAGGUUAGUCAUAUGGAGAUAUCACGGGAAAGAAACAAACGAGACGAAAAGUAGAA